CAAAGUACACAGUUUUUUUUGCACAGAAUACACUUUACAUUGGGUCUCGGUCAAGCUCGUCUAUGCAGGGUGUCUCACUGUGUGAUUAUUUGAACAGUGUAAAGGUCAGAGGGCACAAUGACUUAAAUGAAGAGCAGGUCAGUGCAGCCUGCUUUCAGUAAGUGACAAAACCACACAGCCUUUUUAAAGCAGCCUGUCAAUAUUUAAACUCCUCUUAGGCUGCGGAGGUGUCCAAAGUGUGGCCCGGUGGCCAUUUUGUGGCCUGCAUCUUAUAUUUUUUGUUCCAAAAAUACACACAAAAACAGUAAAAAUAAAGAAAUGAAGGAAAAUAUAUUCAAAAAGAUCUGUAAGUCAUAGUUGAACGUUGAAGUGUUGAUGCUAAUAACAAAGCUGACAUGUAGGCUGUUUGUUUUCUUAUAUACAGUAAGAAGUAGGAUUCCUUACUUAUAAAUAGAAUUUGUUUUGUAGUCACAGCAUAGAAAAUGUGUUUACAAAGUUCUAAAUACGGUUCUUAACAUUAUUAGAGCCCUCUAGACAUGAAAUAACACCCUUAGUCACCUUUACACUCAUAUUACCCAAUAUAGAGAAUAUAAGAGAAAAUAAGACAAACCAGACUCGCAUUCGUGUGUGUUGCUGUAAAUGUGUUCCAGUGUUGGACAGGAAGUGACGUCCGGGGUGCAGGUUUGAGUUUUACCUUGGCGUGGGCUACGGUUAGGGAUUAUCGUGCCUGUUGAGAGAUCAUUCAAACUUGCAAUAAAAGCCUCUUGUUCUGGCGAUCACAUCUGGUGCUUGUGUGUCUCACCCAACAUUAUAGUAACAUUACUGACACCUAGUGACAAGUGUCGAAUACUACAUAUCAUCACAUCUUUGAAUGCGUCUUCUGAAUGCCUUACACACUAAGUCCCCAACCAACAACACAAUUGGUUCCAGACGACCGUUCGCAAGUCGAUUUGUUCUUAAGUCGAAAUUUUUUUUAUAUUACCAAUUAUAUACUGUAUAGUAGGUACUACAUGUAUGUGUAUACAUAUAUACAUAUAUGCGUAUGUAUGUAAAUAUUAGUUUGGACGUAGUAGUAAUAUUAAACGAGGAUAAUUAAUGAAAAAACAGUAAUAAAAAUGAUAUAAUAAUACGUAAUGAUAAAUGUUAUUUACCUUUGAAGAGGAGUGGUCGAGCAUACGUCGUUGUGGAGGAGGAGGAGGAGGAGUUAUUGAAAAAAGGACAAGUUGUCGUCGUCGUUAGACUCUUCUAAAAGAGGUAGUGUUCUGUGGGUGGUGUAGAAUUAAGCAGGCCUAUUAACUCUUCAUAAACUUUAAUCACACGCUCUGUCCAGGUUGCAUCAUACAACUACAACUUAGCCUUCCUCUCUCCUUUUCCUCUUUUUCCUCUACCUGUUGGUCCCAUUAGCAGUGUCACAGUGCCCUCUACUGGUCAAGCAUGUAGCAGUAUAAAUAUGGAGUUCCAAAAGGCAAAAUACAUGAAAAUAUAGACCAGUCAGCUUGCGUUUGUAUCUCCGAAUGUUCGCAUGUCGGAUGUUCGUAAGUUGGGGACUUAGUGUAUUUGUAUUUUAUUUCAUCUAGCCAUUAUUAUGCGUCACUUAAGCCAAAAAUACAUGAUUUAUGCUUAAAUAUACAUAUUAUUUUCAACCAUGAAACGGCAUGAUUUUGAAAAACCGUGAGAGUGUAGCUGCAAAGUGAUGAGUGAUGACUGUACACAGCAUACUGUCAAUGCUCCCGUUUUCACCGGGAAACUACCACAUUAUUUCUUUCUUUCCCAACACCCUCCCGUGAUAAUAGUUUCAUGCAUUUUUUUAAUGUUCUUUGUUAGUUGGAUAUGCAAAGACAGACCGAGAAGUAGAUGCCGUAGAAUAUGCUUUAAUAAACAGAAACACACAGGUGUGGAGCAGCAAAAGAGGAACUGAAAGCAAAAAGACAAGGCAAACGGGCAGGUGGAAAAAUAUCUUAGAAUGGACGAGGUCGUGUGGGAACCCGAACAGGAAAACGCGCAUGUCAGCAAACCAACAUGUGGCCACAAGGACUAAACAGGGUUGACGAUGAUUGCCAACAGGUGCAUUGCGUGGUGGCGGCCUCAGCCAGAAAUCACUUAUCUAUAGCCUAGGUUCCCAGAGUGCCAGAGUGGGGUAUUCCAAUUGUCAUGGGGAUACAUGAAUAAAAAUGAAACACGAUUAGUGCCUAACACUCACAAAUGUGAGUGCGCCUGAACCCCCUUACAGGACCUGCACAGCGCAAUAAGGAGGCAGUGCAUGAAGUUCAUUGCUCUGUGUGUGUUAUAUGAACAAAUAAGUACGCUUGAUGACUAUGUUGAGCAUUAAGAGUGUUUCGUCCUGAAGAUUUCAUUUUUUUUGGCGUUCCAAUCCCCGCACUGUGAAAUCCUGUCUCUGUGGCUACAUUCACACUGCAGGGUAUGAUGCCCAAUUCUAUCAGAUUUUUUAUUUGGUCGUUCACAUUACCCAAAAAAAUGAAUGCAAAGUGUCCGGGAAGUGAUGUGCAUGCGCAAAAGCACGACAUCACAUGCAUUUCCGUGUGUUUAUGGAAGUAAAGUUUGCUGCAAUGUGUGCUUUUCUUAAUGCGGUUGUGGCAAUUUCCAGGAUUUUGUGUAUUUUCGUAAUCAAAUGAUUCCGCGUAGGAGGUUAAGAAGAAAGAGGGCAAGAUUUUUCAUAGAGAACUUGCUCUGAACUUGCUGCGACGUCUGUUCCGAGGAGCGUGUGGGUGGCAGGAGUGGUGGGACAUUGCCGUGAGCCACUUCACUGACACUUUGUAAAAGUCAUAUUUGGAUGACAAGAAUUUUUCUGUCGAGAACAGUACCUCUGGAGAUGGGUCCCCUUUUCAAGAAGGGUGUGUUCCAACUAUAGGGGAUCACACACCUCAGCCUCCCUGGAAAAGUCUAUUCCAGGGUGCUGGAGAGAAGGAUACGAGGUGCAAUGUGGUUUUCCUCCCGGUCGCGGAGCACUGGACCAGCUCUACACCCUUGCAAGGGGACUGGAGGGUACAUUGGAGUUUGCCCAACCGGUCUACAUGUGCUUUGUGGACUUGGAAAAGGCAUUCGAUCGUGUCCUGUGUUUGGGAGUACGGGAUUGGUGUACAACUGGAGCUGGAGCCUGGUUUGCACUGCCAGCAGUAAGUUGAGCCUGUUUCCAGUGAAAGUUGGCCUCUGCCAAGACUGCCCUUUGUUACUGGUUCUGUUCAUAAUUUUCAUGGACAGAAUUUCCAGACACAGCCAAGGCAUCGGAAGUUCAGUUUGUGGGCCUUGAGAUCUCGUCUCUGCAGACAAUGUGGUCCUGAUUGCCUCAUCGGGCUGUGACCCUCAGCGUUUAUUGGGGCGGUUUGCAGCUGAGUGUGAAGCUUCUGGGAUGAGACUCAGCACAUCCAAAUCCUUGGCCAUGGUUCUCAGUUGGAAAAGGGUGGAUUGCACACUCAGAGUUAGGAAGGAGUCUUGCCGCAGGUGGAGGAGUUCAAGUAUCUCGGGGUCUCGGGCACAGCGUCUGCAGUAAUGCGGUCGCUGUAUCAGACCGUUGUGGUGAAGAGAGAGCUGAGCCGGAAGGCAAAGCUCUCAAUUUACCGGUCGAGCUAUGUUCCCACUCUCACCUAUGGCUUUGGCUCAUGACUGAAAGAACGGAUACAAGCGGAUACAAGCGGCUGAAAUGAGCUUCCUCUGUAGGGUGGCUGGACUCACCCCAAGAGAUAGGGCGAGGAGCUCAGUCAUCAGGGAGUAGAGCUGCUGCUCCAUCACACAGCCAGUUGAGGUGAUCUAGUCCGGAUGCCUCCCAGACGCCUCCCUGGUGAAGUGGUCCAGGAAUGCCCAGCUGGGAGAAGGCCCCAGGGCAGACCUGGAGGGAUUAUCUCUCACAGCUGGCCUGGGAAUGCCUCGGUGUCGUCCUGGUGGAACUGGAAGAGGUGGCCGGGGAGGAGAAGUCUGGGCUUCCCCCACGACCCGGACCCGGAUAAGCAGAAGAACAUGGAAUGAUGGAAGAAGAACUUUGGCCUACAUCAGAACCUAUUCCCGUCAAAUCUGGUGGCUGCCGCUUUCCGCUCUUAUGCUACCAGCUACAAGAUGGUUGCUUCAGGAAAUGACACCAAUGGCACCAUACUCUACCAAAAGGUGCCCGUCGGGACAGAAGCAGAUGGUAUGAACAUUCUGGGUCUGGUGUUAUUCGCCAUGGUGUUCGGUGUGGCGCUCAGGAAGCUCGGAGAUGAGGGCGAGGAACUUAUCCGUUUCUUCAAUGCCUUCAACGAGGCAACCAUGGUACUGGUGUCCUGGAUCAUGUGGUACAUCCCUUUUGGCAUCAUGUUCCUGGUGGCCAGUAAGAUUGUGGAGAUGGUAGAUGUGGUGUUAUUGGUCACUAGCUUGGGAAAGUACAUCUUUGCAUCCAUCCUGGGCCAUAUCAUCCACGGUGGCAUCAUACUGCCACUCAUCUACUUUGGCUUCACACGCAAGAACCCCUUCAGUUUCCUGUCAGGCCUCAUCACGCCCUUCACCACCGCCUUCGCCACCUGCUCCAGCUCAGCGACUCUUCCCUCCAUGAUAAAGUGUGUGGAGGAGAACAACGGUGUGGACAAACGCAUCAGCCGCUUCAUCCUCCCCAUUGGUGCCACGGUGAACAUGGACGGCGCCGCCAUUUUCCAGUGCAUAGCUGCUGUCUUCAUCGCUCAGCUCAACAACGUUGAGCUUAAUGCUGGACAGAUCUUCACUAUCCUGGUGACGGCCACAGCCUCCAGUGUCGGGGCAGCAGGCAUCCCAGCUGGUGGCAUCAUCACCAUCGCCAUCAUCCUGGAGGCCAUCGGCCUGCCCACCAAUGACCUGUCCCUCAUGCUGGCUGUUGACUGGAUUGUGGAUCGUACAACCACGGUGGUCAACGUGGAGGGUGACGCUCUGGGUGCUGGGAUCUUGCAUCACAUCAACCAGCAGGAGAUGAAGACGCAGCAGGAGGAAGGAGGGGAGCUGUCGGAGGUAAGGGUGGAGGCGGUGGCCAACAUCCAGGCGGAGGAGGAGACCUCGCCUCUUGUCAAUCAUCAAAGCAAAGCUUCGGAAGCCGCACCAGAAGCCAUCGAGUCAAUCCUGUGAACUCAACUUUUUCUUUGCUACUCAUUGCGUUGUUGCGUUGUCGGCACGCUGUUCAUGUUGCCGAUGGUGCAACACUCGUCUGACUCUUUCGAGAAGAAUGACAGACGGGCAACACUCGUGAGGUCUGUCUCCAUCCUGUAAAUGUGCACAACGCUGCUGAUGUUGGCUGUUUUCAUUCUUCAGGUUAGCGACGUACAACAUAUCGAUAGCAUCAUUUACGUUAUGUAGAAAAUGGCCCUCAAACAUUCCCAUCAAUGUGAUUUUUAUGGUUCUUCUUUCAUGACUUUAUUUGUAGAGCAGCGUUAACUUUAGAGGCUUUAGACAACAGCUUGUCAAACAGAGGCCCGUCAUAUCCUUAUCGCAUUUUUGGUACAUUCGCUUUGGUAAAAACACUUGUUGGCAGUAAUCCGCUGAUGUUGACGGUUGUUUGCUGAUCCUCACGUCAAACAUUAACCCUCGGAAUGGGGGAAUUCGGCCCUUUUUUCCCGUCUAACUAUUGACCCUGUGCCACAUUGACCCAUUUAGGACAGCUGAUUAUUGACAGUCCAACAAAGGAAAACACCCUCACAAUAUUUAUUUAACUGGCCAAGAUAGACUUAUUGACUUCGUCUUCUUAAUCAGCUAUAGCAGGGGUGUCCAAAGAGUGGUCAUUUUACAAGAAUAAAGUCAAAAUAUUAAGAAAAAAAAAUCAAGAAAAAGUUGGAAUUUUACAAGAAUAACCUCAUGAAGUUGAAAUAUUAAACAAAAAAGAAAAACAACAAAUAAAGUUGUAAUUUUUGGAAAAUCAGGUUGUGGAAAAAGUAAUAAUGUUACAAGAAUAAAGUCAAAAUAUUAAGAAAAAAAAUCAAGAAAAAGUUGGAAUUUUACAAGAAUAACCUCAUGAAGUUGAAAUAUUAAACAAAAAAAGAAAAACAACAAAUAAAGUUGUAAUUUUUGGAAAAUCAGGUUGUGGAAAAAGUAAUAAUGUUACAAGAAUAAAGUCAAAAUAUUAAGAAAAAAAAUCAAGAAAAAGUUGGAAUUUUACAAGAAUAACCUCAUGAAGUUGAAAUAUUAAACAAAAAAAGAAAAACAACAAAUAAAGUUGUAAUUUUUGGACAAUCAGGUUGUGGAAAAAGUAAUAAUGUUACAAGAAUAAAGUCAAAAUAUUAAGAAAAAAAAUCAAGAAAAAGUUGGAAUUUUACAAGAAUAACCUCAUGAAGUUGAAAUAUUAAACAAAAAAGAAAAACAACAAAUAAAGUUGUAAUUUUUGGAAAAUCAGGUUGUGGAAAAAGUAAUAAUGUUACAAGAAUAAAGUCAAAAUAUUAAGAAAAAAAAUCAAGAAAAAGUUGGAAUUUUACAAGAAUAACCUCAUGAAGUUGAAAUAUUAAACAAAAAAAGAAAAACAACAAAUAAAGUUGUAAUUUUUGGAAAAUCAGGUUGUGGAAAAAGUAAUAAUGUUACAAGAAUAAAGUCAAAAUAUUAAGAAAAAAAAUCAAGAAAAAGUUGGAAUUUUACAAGAAUAACCUCAUGAAGUUGAAAUAUUAAACAAAAAAAGAAAAACAACAAAUAAAGUUGUAAUUUUUGGACAAUCAGGUUGUGGAAAAAGUAAUAAUGUUACAAGAAUAAAGUCAAAAUAUUAAGAAAAAAAAUCAAGAAAAAGUUGGAAUUUUACAAGAAUAACCUCAUGAAGUUGAAAUAUUAAACAAAAAAGAAAAACAACAAAUAAAGUUGUAAUUUUUGGAAAAUCAGGUUGUGGAAAAAGUAAUAAUGUUACAAGAAUAAAGUCAAAAUAUUAAGAAAAAAAAUCAAGAAAAAGUUGGAAUUUUACAAGAAUAACCUCAUGAAGUUGAAAUAUUAAACAAAAAAAGAAAAACAACAAAUAAAGUUGUAAUUUUUGGAAAAUCAGGUUGUGGAAAAAGUAAUAAUGUUACAAGAAUAAAGUCAAAAUAUUAUCAGAAUAAAGUCAUAAUUAGCAGAAAAAAAAUGGACAAGAAGUUGAAAUUGUUGGAACAUUCAAAACAAAAACAACAGCAGAAAUGGAGAAAACAGAUGUCAUUUUAUGAGAAUAAAACCAAAAUAUCAAGAAAAAAAGUUGUAUUCUAAUGAGAAAAAAGUUUCAAUUUUCCAAUAAUAAAUCCAUAAUAUUAUGAAGAGAAACAAUGUCAUUUUAGUAGCAAAGAGUUGAAAUAGGGCAGAUUUUUUAAAAGACUUUUUAAAGUCAUAAUAUAAGAAACAAACAAAAUAAAGUUAUAAAUUUUGUAAAAAUGAAGUUGGGGGGAAAAGUUAUAAUAUGGGAAUAAAGUCAAAAUAUUAUGGGAAUAAAAUCAUAAUAUUAUAAAAAGAGAAUUUACGAAGAUUAUUUCAGAAGAAAAAACAAAAAACGACAGCAAAUAUGGGGGGAAAAAAGGCAAAGGGCGAAGUUCAUACUAAUAUGCUUUUUCAGCGGCCCUCGCUGGAAAACGUUUGGACACCCCUGUAUCGGCAAUGUCUACCAUGUCCACACGUGCUGAUUGUUUGAUCGUUGCAUGCGCAAUGGAAAACCUGCCACACACAUUUCAUGAAACGGAACGUCUCUAAAGAAAACCUUCAGCAAGUACUUUUCACCAAUUUUGAUCGGAUUUGGUUCUGUUUCUGCUGCUGCUUGAAAAACUCUAUAAAUCACGUGAAAAAUCUGGAAACGCUGGCCCCCUAGAGAGGAUUAGCAUCAGUGAAAGGGGUUCUGACGAUAAACGUAUACUGUGAAAGAGUCGGAAAGUACUGUAAAAUGUAAGCACCUUGUUUGUUCUCCCCACAACUCUGGUAGUUUGUGAAGUUUCUGAUUUUUGACUCACUUUUUUUCUUUUUAUCAAUACAUGAAAAUAACACCUAUGAAAAUAAUGUAACGCUACAGUGUUUGAUGGUAAAAAUACAGUGGAUCCCCGCCUGUUCACAGUUUGGCAUAUUUACACUUGAUUGAUCUACACGGGGAAUUGCUUGGCUGCAGAAGCUCAGUUGUAGAAGAAAAAGAAAAACACACUUAUACAAAAUGCCGUACAAUAUGAAUAAAAUCAAUAAAAUAAGUAUUUGUAAAAUGAAUCGUAAAAUUUACAAUAUAUACAGUACAUACAUCAUAAAAUAAAGUGCUGCAGCUAUGAAUCCAGCAGAGGGCGCUGUCUGACAAGUCAAUUCACACAAGUUCUACUGAGUAGAUGCUUUGACAAGGAACUGCACGUUUUGUAAGUAAGAAAUUCACUUAUCAUUGUCGGGUCUGGAACCAAUUCACCGUGGAAAACGAGGGGGGG